AUGAAAGACCGGCCACAAUGCAUUGCCAAACUGUUUCCUUCCUUUCGGCACGGCAAGAGCGUCGUGGAUUAUUAUAUUUCUCACAUGGUUUUCCCUAAGGAGAUGAAGGAGUUUCCGCACAAGCUGUCGGCUUCUGGCUGGGACAUCGGCAAGUAUCUCCUUCAGCCUGAGAAUGGAGUGCAACUCAUGGCCCCUGUGUCUGCCAACAAUACAAUAUCGGACGUGGACUACUUGUUGUCGUGCGUGAUGCAGCUUUGUCCGCCUGUCCAGGUGAUUCUUGACGUUGAAGCUCAGAUUAUCGAGCUUGACAACUUAGAGAUGGCAAAAGCUUGGUUAAAGUUGCAUGACGACUCUAAGCAGGCUGUCGUAUUCAUUGAUAUGAAUGACGAGAUCUGUGUCGUGGAUCGCUCGGACCGUGUGGACCUUCUCCGAGCAUCGUCAUUUCAGUCUCGCCUUGAUGCCUGCCUUGUGUUCUUAGACGAGGCUCACACUCAUGGCAUAGAUCUUGUUCUUCUGCUUGAGAACCGAGUGGCUGUCACACUGGGUCCGAGAUUGACACAAGAUCGCCUCGUUCAGGCUUCCAAGCGCAUGCGAAAGCUGGGCAAGGGCCAGACAGUAGUCUUCUGCGUAUCUAAAGAGAUGCAGACAAAGGUCCUCGACACAGCUCGAAAGACAGAUGCCUCAACCAUCACAGUCGCUGACAUCCUGGAGUGGUCAAUGCAUGAGACCUCCGAUGACCUCCGCCGCAACAUGCCGCUGUGGGCAGUCCAGGCCGGACCCAAAAUCUUUGCCAUGUCUGAUGAACCUGUUGUCCAACAAAUCGCAGCUCGUUGCAAAGAGUUUAACAUUACGCAAUUCAAAUCGAGCGCGCUUCAAGAAGAACAGGAGCGAGAACUGUCGCCGGAGAUGGAACAAGAGCGUCAGAUUCAACGUGCGCCACCCGCCAAGGCAUGCCCGCAUAAACUGCAUCCAGACGUCAAGAACUUCGCCUUAACUAGCAAGGUUGUCAGUUCGUCUCAGGGUUACCAUCCUGCAUUCUCUACCCUUAGAGGCAUGAGCACCGCGACGGCAUUCAACCCCAGCGACCUUGCAGGCGAGGAGGCCUUCCUGACAACCACUGACUUUGCUGAGACUGUCCUCAAGGGUCCUGAAACCUUUGUGUCCGAUACUUUCCUGCGCUCGGUGCAAUGGAUUCUCACGGCUCAUGACCCAGACAGCAAAACCAUCAAGACUGUCAUGAUUCUCUCGCCGUAUGAAGCGAAUUCCCUUAUACGCAGCAUGGAACAGUCGGAAUUCAUGACACUGCAUCUCUACAGGGCACGUGUCAACUCGGGCUAUGCAGCUCUGGAUUCGCUGGACUUCCACACAAUCCCUGUCCGCAAGCCGGCCCUCCAGCUUCCUCGUCGCCUCGCGGCACAUCUCAACCUCUUUGCUGGCCAGCUGUACUUCAGCUCGUAUAACGAUUACCUAGAGACCUGCAAGGUCCUAGGUCUGUUGCCGCGGUUUCUGAGCGAGGAAAUGGAGAGGCAGGGUUGGAAAGUCGACGCGGCGGGCUUCAUCCUCGCCGACGAUCGGGGACGAGUUGGCGGCGAGUCGGGAUUGACGAAGAGCCCGGUUGGUUUCUUGAAGGGCCUCUUUACGGCGAGACGGAACGUGGAUGGGUUCGGGAAGUCGCACGUGGGGAAGUUGUUGGAGGGGCACGUGCUCCAGAAGGCGGACUUUGAGGCCUGA